AUGAAUCCUUUAAUUUCAACGAAAGCCAUGGUGGUCAUGAACUUCAAUGUUCUAAGACAUACGUGUUAUCGGACAACCUGGCAUAACGACUAUUAUAGGCUCUCGAGUUUAGCUACUAUAUGUACGGACGUGAGAGAAUUUAAAGUCAUUCCGAGACUUGUCAAUCCGUUUCCACUGGGGGUUUCCAACGAUGUGUCAUAUGCUCGUGUCCGUAGUUUUUAUACGACACCGACAUGGAAGGGGCAAGAGUCCUCUUCCAAAGUCGAAGAAACUGUAAAGUCUUUGAAGGAACAGAAAGAGCAAAAGGAAAAGAUGACCGCAGCACCGACGACCGAUGUCGUCAAACCGCCGGAAAAAGCUGUGGCCGAGAAGCGACUUUCUGCCCUCUGGCAAAAAAUAAAAGCUGAAAUGCUUCACUAUUAUCAUGGAUUUCGAUUACUAGGGCUAGACAUGAAGAUUUCAGCAAAGUUAAUAUGGAGAAUCCUUAAAGGAAAAGAACUUAGCAGAAGAGAGCACAGAUUGCUCAUAAAAACAACCGGGGACAUGUUCAGACUGAUACCCUUCUCUGUGUUCAUCAUUGUUCCUUUUAUGGAAUUUUUAUUACCAGUAGCGAUAAAACUUUUCCCAGGAAUGCUACCUUCGACCUUUCAGACUGCUACUGAAAAGGAAGAUAAGCUUAAACAGGCCUUAAAGGUGAAGAUAGAAAUGGCAAAGUUUCUACAAAAAACUCUAGAUGACAUGGCGGUUCAAUCGUCGAGUCAUGUAUCCGAAAACGCAAAAGAGUUCACAGAAUUCUUUUACAAAUUGCGAAAAACGGGUGCCGUUGCUACUACCGAUGAAAUUAUGAAAUUCAGUAAAUUGUUUGAGGAUGAAAUAACAUUAGAUUCCCUCACCCGGCCUCAGUUGGUUGCCUUGUGUCGAGUAUUGGAUGUACGGACACUCGGCACUUCCAAUUUUCUUCGUUUUCUCCUCAGGAUGAAGCUAAGGAGUCUCGUAGCUGACGAUAAGCUGAUCGAAAAGGAGGGAGUCGAGUCCUUAACAAGAGCUGAACUUCAGCAAGCGUGCAAAGCACGAGGUAUGCGAGCCUAUGGGCUGCCAGACCACAAAUUAAAAGAACAAUUGUCACAGUGGCUUGACUUAAGCUUAAAUAAAAAAGUAUCGGCAUCGCUGUUAUUGCUUACCCGGGCUCUGAUGGUUUCGGACACUAUUCCCAUGACCGAUAAGCUAAAGGCCACGAUAUCGGCACUUCCCGAUGCCGUUGUUGCUCGUACUACGGGUGCUAUUGGAGAGAAGGAAGGCAAACUCGAUCACAGAACGAAUAUUGAGAUUAUAAAACUAGAAGAGAAGAAAAUCGAAGAAGAAAGAAGAGAGAAGAAGGAAGCUCCGCCAGAACCUGUUGUUUUCACUCGUAGUGACAAGAUCGAUGAAAUCACCACUACCGAUGUCAAGGCUCUGGAACAGGCUUUAGACACAAUUGGCAAGGACAAGAAGAUGGCCGUAGAGAAGGAAGAAAUUAAGGAGCUAAAAGAAGAAAUGGCUGAGUACCAAGAGGAUAUUCAGGAGCUUUAUAAGAUGAAGGCCGAGGCUAAGGGUGAAGCGGAUAUUGAAAGUAUCAAAGUAUCGAAGGGAGCCAAGAGACUUUUCAACAAGGUCAACAAGAUGAUCAGCAAGAUGGAUGCUGUCCUUACGGAACUUGAGCAGUCGGAAAAGAAGAUGAAGAAAGAGAUCGAAGCAUUACCUCCUGAUGUAAAACUCGACUCUAAGGCGGCAGCUGAGUUGGUCAGAAUAGAUGAGCUUAUUGCUGCCAUUAAAAAAAUUCAGAACGUUCCCGACGAAUUUCGCUUGGCGCACAUAGCUGAGAUAUUGGGCAAGAUUGACGACGAUCGGGAUGGUGCAAUUAAAAUCGAGGAUAUUUUGAAGGUGGUCGAACUGAUCGGCAAGGAAGACGUGAAGUUGAGCAAAAAACAAGUCAACGAAUUAAUCGAGUUGAUGGACAAAGAAGAAGUGCUAGAAGUUGAAGAACAGAUUCAAAAGGCCUUGAAAAAGGAAGAAGAGGAAGGUAAAGGACAGGAGGAACAGAUAAAAGUAACACCAUCACCGGUACCAGCCACUCCGGUGACGAAGGAGCCCAGGAAUAAAGACGAAGAAUUGAAAGACGAGAUUGCAGAGCCAAAGAAGAGCUUUAAAAAUACAUCCGCAUCCAUAGAUGGCGAAAGGGACUCUUCGGCUGCUGUUUUAAAACCAAGUUCCAGUUCCGAAUCAGUUCGAAACCCACCAAUAGUUCCGCCCUCUCCUAAAAAGACCGAAGGCUCUAAGCAACUGUGAUCGCCGCACAAGGAAAAUAAAUAUUCAAAGAGCAAAUAGCUAAAAUUAAUUCAACACUUAAAGUCGGUACCAGUGAUGCGGUCAAUGUAAUUUAAUAAUUGUAAUGGAGCAAUUGAUCCGUGAUUCGACUACCAUUGUAAAAACUAUCUUUUUGUAAUUAGAUGCUGUCGAUGACAACUGAAUGUUUAGUUAGCAAUCGUUCGGCACCUACCAAUAGAGUUUAACGGUAACGGAAAAUUCGCGGUGCGAUUAUACUGAAUUACAGUUGUUAAAAGUUGCAUUUUUUACAUCCUUUCAGCGUGGACCGCAACCGGUAUCGCGGCAUUUCUACAAACGUUCCCUCGAGUAUUCUGGAUCGACUGAAUGUAUAUUUGUUUCCGCGAUUGAUACGUUAAAUUAAUUAGGACUUAAUUGGAGUACGAUGAAAAUUGUAUAAGUGCAAAACCGAACCAACUGUAUCUAUUUAGAAAUAGUUAUCGGCGAGUUUUUCAUACUGGACACAUUUUAAGCGGCGUAUCACGUUUCUAUUAACUCAUAAAUUAUAUUCUAUUACAGCUUCAGUUGUUAAACGGGACACUGUACGUGCUGCUUGAGGCUGCGAUUGGUACAUUAUCCUACCUUUUUAAUGAUAAUAUACACGUGCUGGUCACGAGGUGCGUUUCAUUAUUUAGGCAACUCACAUCACACGGCAUCCUCUACAUUAUUGUCGUUUCGCCCUAUACCCGAGGGAAAUAGCAUUCCAUCUAUAUAAAAAUUCUGUAUCGUUAAAUAUUCACGAUACGUUUUCAUCGUGUACGGAAAACGGUAAUGAAAUUUUUGAAAUAAGAAAAUAUUCUCAAAGAAAUUCUCAUCCCUCUCGUAACGAUCGACCGUCCACGGCGGCUUUUUAUCCGUGAAACAAAAUAAAAGUACGUACAAUGAGUUCCGAA